GACUCUCCCCCCACGUCUCUUUCUUUUCUGACCCGUCGUUCGACUGCUUCAACAUGGCUUCCGCUCUUGCUGUUGGCUUUGGUAUCGCUACCGCCGCCUUUUUGGGUCGUGCGGGUCUCGUUGCCUACCGCCGUUCCCAGGGAGGCGUGAAUGCCGUGGGAAAGGCCUUCUACAAGGGUGGCUUUGAUCAGCGGAUGACUCGCCGUGAAGCCUCCUUGAUCCUGGAACUCCCGGAGCGCACUCUGAACAAGGACAAGGUCCGCAAGAAGCACCGCCAGCUCAUGCUUCUCAACCACCCCGAUCGCGGCGGCAGCCCGUAUCUCGCGACCAAGAUCAACGAGGCCAAGGAGUUCCUCGACAAGAACACCUAGGGUCUUCCAGAACACGUUCUCCGUCGACGACCGGCUCGGGCGUCAGUGGAUUUGAGGAGGAAGCCUGGAGAUAUACAUGAUGCUUUAGGCAUCGUUUAUUGUACAAGAGAAUUUCUUUGGGUGCAUAGCGAGGCGUUGGUGGGAUUUUGCGACGACGAGAGAUAUCUCUUCGUGCUCCGUACGGGGCUUUUACAUUGUCACUAUAUCCUGAUGAGAUCGCCGCUCUUGAAUAUAUAACUGUACCAUUAUCUGCAA